AUGACUGAAAAAUCUACUGAACCUGCUAGUCCAACCAUAAAAUCAACAAAACAAGAUGACCAAUUAUCACCUGAAGAAGUCGAUCGACUACAAUGCGAAGCAAAUGAAGAUAGUACAGGCAGUGAAGAUCUAAGACUAUUUUUAAAGGAAUUACAUGAAAAGGUAAGAGAAGAUCAUCAACAGCAGCAGCAACAACAACAACAACAACAAUCUCAAACAUAUAACCCAGUUCCUCCUUCCACCGGGAAUUUACCACCAGGUUAUAUAGCUGGUCCUGGUGAAUUAUCCAUUGAUGCAACAUCUCACUAUUCAUCACAAUGUAAUAAUUUAAGAGAGACAGAAGCAGGCUUAGUUCAGCAUCGAGGAAAUCAUGUUGUUCAGUAUCAAACAACUGCGCCUGGGACUGUUAUUGAUCAAAAUUAUCAUACAUCCGUACCUGAAAUCAGUGCCCAAGAUGUAGUACCAGAUGGUGGUUGGGGUUGGAUUGUUGUCUUAGGCUCAUUCUGUUGUAUGGUAUUAGUGGAUGGAGUGUGUUUCACCUAUGGACUUCUAUUGAAUCCUGUCUGUCCAUAUUCUAGUCUACGUGCAUUUUCACCUGGUUGGAAAUCGAAUGAAACUGGUCCAAUUAAAUAUCCUCGAAGUGAUCGUAUUACUCAUCCAGUCACUGGGAGUUGUAUACCGAUUUCAGAGUUGGGCGAAGAUUUUCAAAUACAACAACGAGCAAUUCUAUUGACACCUGGUGCUUUAAUUGUUGGAUUAUAUUUGUUUCUUGGUCCAAUUGUUAGUGCAUUGAGUAAUCAAUUUGACUUUCGUCCAGUAGCUAUGAUUGGUGCAAUAAUCUCUACGAUUGCAUUGUUUAGUAGUGCAUUUGUAACCAGUAUUGAACAAUUCAUUCUUACUUUUGGUCUUCUUGGUGGUAUCGGCCUAUCGUUUAUAUACUUACCGGCUAUAGCUACUGUUGGUCAUUGGUUUCAACAAAAGCGUCCAUUAGCUGUUGGUUUAGCAUUAUGUGGCAGUGGAAUGGGUUGUUUAAUUGGUGGUCAGGCUAUACCACGUUUAAUUGUUUUAUUCACAUGGCGUGGAACAUUAAUUAUACUGUCUGCAGUUUGUUUUCAAUGUUUGACACUUAUUUUAUUAUUUCGACCGUGGGAUAUUCACUUUCAAAUAACUCAAGCACAAAAAGCUAAACGUUUAGCUCGAGAAGCUGCACGUCGAACAGCAGCAUUACGUCGUGCAGAAGCAGAACGACUUUUAUUAGAAGCUAGACGACGCAAAUACUUAGCCUCUGUUGAAGCUGCUGCUACAGCUCAGGCUAUUGGCAUGAAAAAGCAUUCUCUUGUCAAUCCUGUUUUAUUAAAUAAUAACAAUAAGGCUGGAUUUCAUCAGACAACUGAAUAUCGUCUAGAUCCAAGUGCUGGCGGUGGUGGUAUGAUUAACAGUCGACGGAAUUCUAAUCAAACCGGUCGUAUGCAUCUUCAAAUUAAUCAAACAAGAAAUGGACGACAGCAUAAACAUUUUCUUUUCAUCAAAAUAAUCGAACACCACUUAGUGUUGGCAUGGUUAAUUCUCGACCGAAUGCUUUAA